UCGAACGAGAGAUUGCCAUCCCUUCCCCUUCCCCUCCCUCAUCAGGCAUACUCGUCGAGCAGUUCGUCACCCCGGGUCAGCUCCAUAUCGUCGGCCUCGAGUUCAAACCUCAGUACCCAGUCGUCUUUCACCUCGGCCGCGUCAUCCCACGGGCCAAAGACUCCCGGUUCGCAGUCGCCCUCGCUCGCUGGCUGCCCCCCGACGCCGCAUGGUCAGACGCCCUCGUACCUACAUUAUCCAACCAUGAACCAGGCACCGCACGACAUGUACUAUCAGUCGCACAUGUCCACCGGCCAGGCGCCGCCGCCGCAAACGGUCACGUCCACGUAUCCGCAUCCGCACCAACAGCCCCAGACCCCCUUAUUACAACCGGGUCCGGGCCAGUACGCCCAGCCGCAAUACGGGAACCAGUACGGGUAUCCGAAUGGCCUGACUCCUCCGGGAGGACCCUCGGCAGUGUCCGGCCCAAUGGCUCCCGGGCAACCGGUUCUGCCACUUCCAGGGGUCAGUCAACCGGCGAUGGCCCCGUCCUUCUCACCCGGAUUCGACACCACAGGCCAGAUUCAACCUCCAGGGAUGAAGCCCCGCGUUACCGCCACGCUGUGGGAGGACGAGGGUAGUCUCUGCUUCCAGGUUGAAGCCAGGGGCAUCUGCGUUGCACGCAGGGAGGACAACCACAUGAUCAACGGUACUAAGCUGUUGAAUGUUGCGGGUAUGACUCGCGGCCGUCGCGACGGUAUUCUUAAGAGCGAGAAGGUUCGCCAUGUGGUUAAGAUCGGGCCCAUGCAUCUGAAAGGGGUCUGGAUUCCGUUUGAGAGAGCCCUAGACUUCGCCAAUAAGGAGAAGAUCACCGAGCUGCUCUACCCGUUGUUCGUCCAUAACAUUGGCGGUCUCCUUUGCCAUCCGACCAACCAACCUCGCGCAAGCCAGGUCAUGGCAGCAGCACAGCAGCGGAAAGACGUGCGGCUCGGCCAAGCCCCGCCACUACCGUCUUUGCAGCAACACCAUCCCUUAGCAUUGCCUGGACCUCAGCCUCCGCUGCCUCACCCGCAAUCUAUGGGCCGGCCAUCGUUGGAGCGCGCCCAUACGUUCCCCACGCCGCCGGCCAGUGCGUCGAGCGCGAUGGGCAGCAUGGGUUCGUCUGAGAACUAUCCAUGGAAUCAGCAAGGAAUGCCCAACGGCCAGCAGACAAAUCAAAUCUCGAUCGACACCAGCUUGAGCAACAAUACUCGGUCGCUGCCGAAUACGCCGGCAACCACCCCUCCAGGCUCCUCCAUGCACGGCAUCCCGAAUUAUCCCCCGGUCAGUCAGCCCUACGACAAUUCUCGACAAAUGUAUCAGCCGCCGCCCGCCCAGUCUUCUCCCUACCAGACAUCCAACUCGGGUCCUCAGGAACGACCUGUAUACACGCAUAGUGGCUACGUGAAGAGCGAGAUGGGCCCGCCAACGACUCGCUCAAACGGCCCCAAUGGUGACCAAGUGGACCCGAAGCCGCCCAACGGCAUGCAUCACGGCCAAAGCGAAGCGCAGCCCGGUACCAGCGGCGAAGAGGAAGCCGACCACGAACAUGACGGCGAGUAUACGCAUGAUAGCGGGGCCUAUGACGCCAACCGAGGCUCGUAUAACUAUAGCGCUCCUCCCGGCAACACGCUGUCGAACGACCAUUCCCACCUGUCCCCCGAGUUGACAAACUCGCCCCAUCAAAACGGGUCAGGGCGGGCGACGCCUCGAACAGCCCCCGCGCCGCAGUCAUAUUAUACUCCUCAGGGUUACAACACGCCGCCGCGCGUGGGACAACCAUCGAGCAACGUUUACAGCGUCAUGAGCAACGACCGGCCCCCUUCGAAUGGAGCGCCAGCCAAUGACGUGUAUUCCACCCAGGGUGAUAUGACCGGCUCUAUGCCGAACGGGUAUGCUCCGCAGCCGAACGGAACUACGUCGAUGAAGCGCGGGAGAGACGACGACGAUGACCGAUCGGAUAUGAAGCGUCGUAAGGCGAUACUGGAUGGCGGCUCCAUGCCAUCCCCAACCUUCAACCACAACCAGAUGCCGCAGCCGGUGACCACAAUGGCUAGCUCGCGCCGCAGGUGAUUUGUUGCAGGCUUCGAUAGACUUCCUUUCCCCCCCUUUUUGUAUUCACUUCAGAACGACCGCCAAGCGAGGUCGAGUUUGCAGGACGCUCCUACGAGCUACGAUUCUCUUUGUUGGAAUGUCCUGAUAAACGGCUGUAUACGGCGACUUCAUGAAUGAUGGUUUGCAUGGGCUGGGUCUAAUCUAAUUGGGCUCUCGGGAACGGCCGAGCUACGGUUGGUG